AUGAAAGGCCCUUGUAACCGCCACCCUCCACCGCUCUCCGCCGCCUCCUCCGCCUCCUCCGCCACGGACUCCAGCAGCUCCCGCGCCAGUCCACCAGCCUUCGCACUCUCCUCCGCCCGCUGCAUCAGAUCUCCGGCGUGCUCCACCUUGUCAGACGCAGCCGUGGACACCAGCUCCGAUAUCACCACCAAGGACUUGAAGGAGAAGAAGGAAGUUGUAGAGGAGGCAGAGAACGGAAGAGACGCACCUGCCAAUGGGAACGCUGAUGAGGAAAAUGGGGAACAGGAGGCUGACAAUGAGGUAGAUGAAGAAGGGGAAGAAGGUGGGGAGGAAGAGGAAGAGGAGGAAGAAGGUGAUGGUGACGAAGAGGACGGAGAUGAAGAGACUGAGGCAGUGCCGUGCAAGCGGGCAGCUGAAGAUGAUGAGGAUGAUGAUGUUGAUUCCAAGAAGCCGAAGACCAAUGAGGAUGACUAGACAGCAAAAAGGAAAAAUUAAACCUGAAAGGCCACCGUGACCUAUUCACCCUCCACUUCCCGUCUCAGGAUCUAAACGUGGUCACCUUCGAGUAGAGAGGCAGGCCCGCCCGCCCACAGCGGGCAGUGCCACUGCAGAUGACAUGCGCUCUCCGCCAUCCCACCAAACGCACAACUCGAAUUUGCAACAGGGGAGGAAAAAAACCAAAACUUCCGAGGCCCUGCUUUUUUUUCUUAAAAGUACUUUAAAAAGGAAAAUUUGUUUGUAUUUUUUAUUUGCAUUUUAUAUUUUUGUACAUAUUGUUAGGGGUCAGCCAUUUUUGAUGAUAACGGGUGACCAAACCAGCCUUCAGAGCGUUCUCUGUCCUACUUCUGACUUUACUAUGGUGUGAUCAUGUUCAUUAGAA